AUAUUCCUAAGAGGGCGCUAAUGCACAGCGAGAUUUCUCUGGUACGCUAAAUUCCGUAAGAUCAACAGUCUUUAUAGUAUCUUGUCGGUGGCUGAGUGCACUUGCGUUGUAAAACUUCAAGUAUAAAUUGAAGCGAACACGGCGUAGAAAACAUUCUGCACUGCUGAACUAGUGCAAUAAGUUAGAGUGAGAAAAGAUAUAGUUGUAAAUUCGUACAUGUGAGGUUAUACGAGAACAAGAUGAAGAGAUCACAUACGAAAAGAGACGAGGACGAAGAACGCUAUCACAAGCGAAAGGAUCGUGAGCGCAGCAGCGAACGUAGAGAGUCCAAACGUAACGGCGAUCACAAAAGUUCCAGGCACGAUAGUCACAAAAGUUCCAGACGUAACGACGACAGGAGCUCUAGACGUGACGAUGAUCAUCGGAGUUCCAGACGCGACGAGGACGGUCACCGAAAUUCCAGACGCGACGAUCGUAAAGAUCGCAGGUAUUAUGACGAUCACAAAGAAAAUCGCAGGUACAAUGAUGAUCAUCGGGACUCCAGGUAUAGCGAUGACGAAAGGUACAAGAAACGGAAUUCCGAAGGGAAAGAGGAGGAGGAGAUCGGCAGCAGGUAUUACGGAGAGCCACAGGAAAAUCCAGAGGAGAUGAGGCAAAAACGAACGGUGGAUCUUCUAACCUCCAAGACAGGAGGUGCAUACAUACCUCCUGCCAAGCUGCGUAUGCUCCAGGCGGAGAUUACUGACAAGUCAGGAGCUGCUUACCAGCGUAUCGCAUGGGAAGCUCUGAAAAAGUCCAUCCAUGGAUACAUCAAUAAAGUGAACACCAGUAACAUAGGUAUUAUAACAAGAGAAUUGUUACAUGAGAACAUUGUCCGCGGUAGAGGCUUAUUGGCUCGCUCUAUCAUUCAGGCACAGGCUGCAUCUCCAACCUUCACUCCGGUUUAUGCAGCGCUGACUGCUAUAAUCAAUUCCAAGUUCCCCAAUAUAGGCGAGCUGGUGCUGAAGCGUCUUGUGUUACAGUUUAAGCGAGGUUUUCGUAGGAACGACAAGCCUCUGUGUAUAUCUUCAGGCACAUUCAUAGCACACUUGGUCAAUCAACGUGUAGCGCAUGAAAUCCUUGCUCUGGAGAUCUUGACUCUGCUGGUGGAAACACCAACAGAUGACUCUGUUGAAGUGGCUAUAGCAUUCCUGAAAGAAUGCGGUAUGAAGCUAACAGAGGUUUCCCGUAAAGGUAUUGAAGCCAUCUUUGAAAUGCUGAGGAACAUACUGCAUGAGGGACAGUUGGACAAACGAGUCCAGUACAUGAUUGAAGUCAUGUUCCAAAUCAGGAAGGAUGGAUUCAAGGAUCACGAAGCCGUACCAGAUGAACUGGAUCUCGUGGAGGAAGAGAGUCAGUUUACUCACUUGAUUACAUUGGACGAGGUGACAGACGCGCAGGACAUACUGAACGUAUUCAAAUUUGACGCGGAAUAUCUUGCGAACGAGGAUAAAUAUAAGCAACUGAGCAAAGAGAUACUUGGCUCAGAUGUCAGCGACUCGGAGGCCGAGGAAGAGGACGGAGAAGACGAGAGCUCGGACGAGGACAGUGGCGCCGAGCAAACCGAAGGUAAGGAAGGUGUGAUACUCGACAAUACAGAGACAAAUCUGACCGCUCUUCGGCGCACCAUAUACUUGACAAUACACUCGUCGCUCGACUUUGAGGAGUGUGCACACAAACUGAUGAAGAUGCAGCUAAAACCCGGCCAAGAGAUCGAGCUGUGCCACAUGUUCCUGGACUGUUGUGCUGAGAUGCGCACGUACGAGAAGUUCUUUGGCCUGUUGGCCGGUCGGUUUUGCUCCAUCAACAAGAUAUAUGUGACACCAUUCGAGCAGAUCUUCAAAGACUCCUAUCAUACGAUACACCGUCUGGACACCAACAAGCUAAGAAACGUGUCCAAGUUCUUCGCUCACUUGUUGUUUACGGACUCCAUCUCGUGGAGCGUGUUGUCGUGCAUCAAGCUGAAUGAAGAGGAUACCACAAGCUCCAGCAGGAUAUUCAUCAAGAUCCUGUUCCAGGAACUCUCCGAGAACAUGGGUCUGUCCAAGCUGAAUCAACGAGUCAAAGACGUGACGUUGCAGGAGGUGUUUGAAGGGCUGUUUCCCAGGGAUGACCCGAAGAACACGCGUUUUGCCAUCAAUUUCUUCACUUCCAUCGGACUGGGCGGUCUGACGGAUGAUUUGAGAGAACAUCUCAAGUCCCAUCCGAAGCCGGUCGUUGUGCCGGUUUUAAACAAAGAGAAGGAGGAGGAGGAAGAGAAGAAACUCUCGAGCUCGGACGAGUCGAGUUCGUCGUCAAGUUCCAGCUCCAGCUCGUCUAGCUCGUCCAGCUCCACGGAGAGUGAUUCCUCAUCGUCGUCGGACGAUGAAGUUGUAAUGAAGAAGAAGAAGAAGAAGAAAAAUAAGGAUAGGAAGGGGAGAAAGUCGAAAAUGAAGGAGAAGAAGGAGCAGAAGCACAAAAAAGCACAGAAAAAGAAAAAGAAAGGCAGCAAGAUGGCAAAGAGGGAUAAGUGAGGGAGAAAGAUAAAGAGAGAGAGAGAGGACGGGAUAGAAAUAAAUGCAAAUAUAUAUAGGUAUAUUAAAAAAUUUAUACAUAAGUAUAGUAUAUACAUGAGUCUUUUAUCUUACGAGAGAUGUGAAUAAAUCCAGAGCUAGUUUCUUUUUUAUCUCUUAUAAACGAAUGCAUAUGGAAUAAUCGGUAUUCAUAGUCAGAUCUUAUAUUUAAGACCGUCUGAAGUUCACUUUAAGAUACUCUGUACUCAGUGAGAAAUAACUCGUCGAUCGACGUCGAAAUCAUCAAAUCGAUGUCGAUUCGACAUCGUUUCGACGUCGAUCGAUGAUUCAUUUCUCGCAGGGUAGCCAAUGAAAUAAUUUGUAUAGCAUCUGAAGAAGAACUUAAGACGGUCUUAAAUAUAAGAUCCGACUAUGAAUACCACCGGCCUGUGUCCAACAUCUACAUGUAUAAUAAAUCUAUCUAUUUGUUCUACUUGUAAAUACCUUGCGUCGUUCUAUAAUUCUUUAAGACCUCGAGAUGAAUGGUACAAUAAUAAACGAAAAUAUAUUUCUUA